GCUUGUCCUGCAGAUAAGGCGCCUCCGCCGGCUGUCAGCUGUUCUUCGUGCAGACGCAGUGAGCGCUCAGAAAGCUCAGUCUCUGCUCCACCAUGGAAGAAAACAAGCGGACGCUGGUCUAUUUGAUCACGGGAGGCUGCGGUUUCCUCGGCAAGCACCUGCUCGAUGUUUUGCUAGAGAAAGAGGAGAAGCUGGCGGAGGUGCGGGUGUUUGACCAGCACAUAUAUGCUGGGUUUCACCACCGGAGGAAGACAGAUGAGGUGGAAGUGACUUUAAUCCAAGGAGACAUCACAGAUUACAACAGCGUGUUGGAGGCCACCAAAGGGGUCGACGUUGUAAUCCACUCUGCCAGCCUGGUGGAUGUCUGGCACAAAGUCCCAGCAUCCCUCAUCUACUCCGUCAACGUCACAGGAACGGAGAACGUGAUCCGAGCGUGCGUGGAAUGUGGCGUCGAGCGCCUCGUCUACACCAGCAGCAUGGAAGUGAUUGGACCCAACGUGAAGGGCGAUCAUUUCAAGAGAGGAAAUGAAGACACAAAAUACGAAGUGAAGCACACCAUGGCGUAUCCCAAGAGUAAAGCAAAGGCGGAGAAUAUUGUCCUGAGAGCGAACGGCAGUCAGGUAAAGGGUGGGAAGUGUUUGUACACCUGUUCGCUGAGACCGACGGGGAUCUACGGCGAAGGCCACCUGCUGAUGAGAGACUUCUACAACCUGGCUGUGGAGAGGGGAGGCCUGGUCAUCGGCGGCGUCCCAGAACACAUCGAGCACGGCCGAGUCUACGCAGGUAACGUCGCCUGGAUGCAUGUACUCGCAGCUCGAGCCCUGAAGAUGAAUCCGGAGAAAGUUGGCGGCGAAGCUUUCUUCUGCUACGACGAGUCGCCCUACAAAAGCUACGAGGACUUCAACAUGGAGUUGCUGUCCGAGUUCAACUUCCGUAAGGUCUGCAUGCCGGGAAUCGUCCUCUGUUUCCUGGCCAUCCUGAACGACUUUCUGCGCUUCAUACUGAGCCCGUUCUACAACUACACGCCGCUGCUGAACCGAUACACGCUGGCGGUGGCCAGCACCACCUUCACGGUGGAAACGGACAAGGCGCAGAGGUAUUUCCAGUACUAUCCCCUUUACGACUGGAGUCAGUGUCUAGCGCGAACGCAGUCGUGGAUUAGAACAUUCCCAAUAGACAAGCAAAAGGACAGCUAGCUUCACCUGGGCCACUACAAAGUCUUUUCACACGCUGCUAUGUAAAUGAGCGGGAUCCAGAUCCAGAAGGACUUGUGUUUCUUGAAACACCCUGACCUGCCAAAACCUGCAGGUGCAUGCAGACGCUGAUGAAGACUGAAAAUAAAAUGUUAAAUCACAUCUUAAUCACAAGAA